AGAUUCGCCUGUGGAGAGAAUAGAUUUAAAGGGAAACGAAGGCCAUACCGGAGAGCACUCACUGCCUCCGAGGGGAACUGUGGCUGAAGCAUGAGUUCCAACAACCUCGCCUUGAUGAAUCCCCGGGGUGGUGGGAGGUAUGGGUAUCUGCUAGGAUCGUCGUCGCCCGAUCACGACCGUCGUCAUCCCAUCGAGCGGCCGGUCGUCCCGCAUCCCCUGCAACGACGGCCGGAAGAGGACUUGUUCGGUCCAUGGAGGUUGUUCGAGGAGAGGGUGAGGACGGGACCCUUCGGCCUGACACGCUUCCCUCUGCAACCCCAUUCUCCGGUCCGAAUCCUGGUGCUCCAAGGAGGCUCUGAUGACCGGGUGAAUCCCGGACUCAUGCAGUUCAUCAGGGAUUCGCCGCCACGGAUCAGGGGCCGGUGGCACCUCGGCCAAGCCCCGGAGGCGGAGGAGGACCCUGGCCUGACCGAGGAGGAGUUCAACAAGGCCAUGAAGAAGCUCAAGAAGAAGGUGUACAACCCACCCAACCACCGGAAGAGGGCUUGGAAGCGAGGCCUCUUCAGCAGUAGGACCAGCAGCGGCGGCGGCGCCGCAGCCGAGGGGGAGAAGGAGGACGGCAAGGAUUGCACCGUUUGCCUGGAGACGUUCGUGGCCAACGAGCCCGUCCUGGUGACGCCGUGCAACCACAUGUUCCACAGAGACUGCUUGGAGCCGUGGGUGAGGAGCCAUGGCAAGUGCCCGGUGUGCAGGUUUGUGUUGUGCGAGCGGAAGGAGAACGCACUGGUCCGAAUCAACGACGGUGGCUUCAGCGCCAACCAUGUCCGCAACGACGCCAGGGGUUUGUAUGACCACGACUAUGUGGAAGACGACGACUUGAUCUCGGACAUCAUCACGCUCAUCAGGGCCAUGGAAGAGGCUUUCAACUGGGUCAACCACGCUCCCGCUGCAUCGUAUCGCUGAAAGCGGCAUAUACACAAGCACGUGGCGUGAAUGUGAUGGCUGUGUGUCGACGAUGCUGGGUGUCAAGAAUCCAUCUGUAUGCUUUUGCUGGGUUGCUUAGGUCCUACGUAGACAAAAUAAGAUGCCAAUUAAUGUUGGUGCA